CGCCCCCACGCGCCGCGAGGGAGGAGUCGGGCGCACUGAGUCGGGCGCGCGGAGUCCGAGUCGGGAACCCGCGCCUUGCGGCCGGCGGCCGGCGGCGAUGAAGAUCUGGAGCUCGGAGCACGUGUUCGGCCACCCAUGGGACACUGUCAUCAAAGCUGCCAUGAGGAAGUACCCGAAUCCGAUGAACCCCUGUGUCGUGGGAGUUGACGUGCUGGAGCGCAGUGUGGAUGGCCGGGGCCGGCUUCACAGCCACCGCCUCCUCAGCACCGAGUGGGGGCUGCCCGGCUUCGUGAAAGCGAUUUUGGGAACCAGUAGGACUUUGACAUACAUCAAAGAACAUUCCGUUGUGGAUCCAGUAGAAAAGAAAAUGGAACUUUGUUCCACCAAUAUCACACUCACAAACUUGGUGUCCGUGAACGAGAGGCUGGUAUACACACCCCAUCCGGAGGACCCUGAAAUGACUGUGCUCACACAAGAAGCCAUCAUCACCGUGAAGGGGAUCAGCCUCGGCAGCUACCUGGAAAGUCUGAUGGCCAACACAAUAUCAUCCAAUGCAAAGAAGGUCCCUAGCUGGAGGGCUGCCUUAGUGAGGCGGACACUGCUCACGGAGUCCAGGUUGCCCCUCCUCUCCAGCACAGCUGAUGGAAAGAGCUUGGAUGUGUGGAAGCCGUUAUACGAGUUCAAGGGGUGGGCUGCUAUUGAGUGGAUAAUUGAAAAUUCUGAGCACGCUGUGAGCUAACGGGGUCUGCACCUGCACCUUGUGAUGAACAGUGAUGCCUCACCCAAAAAAUCAAAGAAGAAAGAACAAAAGAAAAAAAAGGAAGGAAGAAGGCAAGGAAGAAAAAAGGAAGAACUAAGCGAGCCUUGAAUAUGGUUCGCCCAGUCUGGGAGAGGUGUGGAAACUUCUGGAAUCUGCCACUUGCCUGGUCACAGCCUCCACCGGGCUCUUCGGCUGUGACAUCUCAAGACAGGAGGGCUGUCUGUUGCAGAAUGAGACCCACAGAAGAGAAGACCCCUAUAGCAGGAGAAGGGCAAGGGCUGCAAAGCUGUCACCCUGCCGCUGCCCACGGCCCCACCGCCCCUGGGCCAGUGUUGUCAGACUGCUCUUGUGCCUUGUCUGUUCUCCCCUAGGUAGCAGCUCCCGGCAGUUUUCUGCUGACUCUUGGGAUCUUACUAAACCACUCUUUUCCUGGUGACUCCCCGUAUCCCACCCGUGCCCCUUGAUCACCUGUCUGCACCGCAAGCCUCUUCACACAUAUCUGGGCGCUGUCACUUCAGAUGCCGCUGUGGUGCGUCCUUCUCACCAUUAGUGCAGAUCUGCCCACGCUGGAGUAGGGGCGUCCAUCCCCACAGCUGCGUGUGUGGGGACAGUACCGUGAGUUCUCCUGUCUCACGGUUGGAAUUGGUCAGGGGAGCCAAGCACUGUGCCCCAUGCUGCAGCUGGCUUGUCCUGCGCUCUGGGACCAGAGGCCCCAGGGGCUGAAGGCCUGUGUUACUUGUCAUUGUUCAGACCUGUCUGUGGGGAUGCUCACACAGAGUGGCUGUGACGAAGUAGUAAAAGUGCUUAUGAGCCUAAGCUGUCCUGUUAGCUUUAGGGUACUUCCAGUUGGGAAUUGUAACUUUCCUGUUUUCAAAAGUCGAAUGUAAAAUCUUUCAGUAUGCUUCAAAUUCUAAAAACUUGAGAGAAGGCCUCCUCCGUAAACAAUGAGUAGCACUGUGUUCUUCUGUUUUUUAGGUCGUGUUUUUUGUUUGAUAACAGUACUUCUAAUCCAAAAGGAAAUGACAUUCAUUUAUAUUUGUAUCAGAGUGUUUUAUGCAUAAAGCUUAUGGCAACACAGAAUUAAAAGAUUUACGGUAAAAACAAACCCCCCUCACCCCUUUGGCAAAGCGUUUUUCUGUCCUGCUGAGGGAAUGCUCAACUCUUUUGGCAGCUUUUGGCUUUUGCUGCUAGAUUUAUAAAUAAACAUACCCUGUUAUUUCUUGAUUUGCCAAAUUUAGACGCUAUCUAGGAAUUAUUUACCUCUUUGGUAGAUUAUUAUUUUCUCUCUCUUAUAUCUUCCUUCUCUCUCCCUUUCCCCCCAAAUAGCUAUAUCGUUUAUGGUUGAAAGCACAGAGUUUCCAUAAUUUCGAAAAUACAAAUGCCUAACUGUUGUUUAUUACUAAGCCAUAAUUGCAUUUUCCUUCUUAUGCAAUUUCCCCCCACCUAGGGGAUAAUAAUUCUUCUCAUCUGUUUAAUUUUAUUUUUUAAAAGUCUCUGGCUGAGUCCUUCCAUACUCUUACCCACUGUUAGCAGUACGUCAUAACGUCAUUUUCCACGGGUCAGUCUUUUUGGGCAGCACACCCAUUCCCAGUUUCCAUGGUGCCAUCCAUUCUGGAAGCCAGGCCUCGCUCUCUGACCAAACAGCCACGUGGCUGUCAUCCCCUUUUCUGGGCAUUCCUGGGCAUUUCCUUGGCCUUCUCUCCUGGAGCCCUUGUUUCCCUGCUUCCCUGCCUUCCUCUUUCUCUUUACUGUUACAAGAUGGGGAAGGACAUCUCUUUGUGGUUUCUAAGACUUGGUACAUCUGAAAAUGUCUUUUCUGUUCUCAUACUUUGUUCACAGCAUAGCUUGACAUACAGUUCUUUAAAAAAAUAUUUUCACUCAGAAUUUUGAAGGCAUUUUUCUAUUUUUUUCCACUCAGAUUAUCAACUUCUGUAUACGAAUUAUUUCUCUCUCUGGAAGCUUUUAGGGUCUUUUUAUCCUUGAUGUUCUGAAAUUUCAUGAGGUUAAGCCUUAUUUGAAGUGAUCUUUUAAUAUUGUUAUUAUGUUUAUUUUAUUUUUGAGAGAGAGAGAGCACGAGUGGGAGAGGGGCAGAGAGAGAGGGAGACACAGGAUCUGAAGGAGGCUCCGAAUCUGAACUGUCAACACAGAGCCCGAUGCAGGGCUCGAACUCAUGAACCGUGAGAUCAUGACCUGAGCCAAAGUCGGACGCUUAACUGACUAAGCCACCAAGGUGCCCCAUUUGAAGUGAUCUUUUAAAAUUUAUUGUGCUGCACUGUGCAUGUUAAAUUCCUGGUUUUGAUAUUGUAAUUAUGCAUGAUGUUAUUAGGGGGAAGAGGGUCAAAGGUACAUGGGACAUUCCUGUAUUAUCCUUGCAGCUUCCUGUGAAUCUAUAAUAAUUUCAAAAUUAAAACUAAAAAAAUAUAUAAAUAGUAACAUCAUGGAAAAUGGUAGAGGUGGGUGCUCCAAGAAUCUGUCCCUCCACUGAAACAACCAAUAAGCUGGCAAAAAAUAACAGAAUCAACUUUUGUAGAACUGUGGAUUCUAAUAGAAUACUUCAACCAGGGGAGCAUUUAAUGAAUCCUGAUUAAUCUACCCUGCAGAUUUUGGACUUGCCAGCCUCCAUAAUUAUGACUGCUAAUUGCUUAAAAUAAAUCUCUGUCUGUAUUUACACAUUC